GUGUCUGUUUCACGGGCCUUUUCUGAUUAAACUUGGCUUUAAAUUCAACAUUCUGUCACAUUGUGACGCUCCCAGAGGAGCGAGGUCUCCUGCAGCGCCGCAGCUCCUUGUUGAUUUCUGCAUCGGAUUCACAAAGUAAAAAGUCUGAUGCCAGUGAGGUGCAGCGCCUGGUUUAGCUCCAAAUCGCUCUUCUUUAGCAGAGACAGCAGAUGCAGUGAAGUUGUCAGUGAGAAAAAGCUUUUAUUUUAUUGCAGCUGUUUGAUGGGGUUCUGCUCAUUAAUCUCUGGAUCUAUUGGAAUGAUCAGGACGUCUAGAUUAGAUUUUAAAACAGUGACAAUGAUCUUUAAUGUGACUACAGAAAAGCUCUCAGCAGACGGCUCUUUUCUCUGCGGUGGACUCUGAGAAAACAAAGCUAAGAUGCCCUGACUCUCAGAAACGGUCGACCUCUAACCUACUUUCUGCAGAACGUCUCGUUAAAAUGAAACACCACAAUGAACCCUCAACAUGGCUGUGACACCGGCUUUGGAAACGCAGCAGCGAAGCAUCUGGACUCUUUGGGUUUCGAUGUUUUCGCCACCGUUUUGAACCUGACGGGAGACGGAGCCAGAGAGCUGCAGAGGCGCUGCUCCUCCCGCCUCACCCUCCUGCAGGUGGACAUCACGCAGCCGCAGCAGGUGCAGCAGGCGCUGCUGGACACCAAGGCCAAGCUGGGCCUCCAAGGUCUCUGGGGUCUGGUGAACAACGCCGGCGUGUGCGCUAACCUGGGAGACGCUGAGCUGACGCUCAUGUCUAACUUCAGGAGCUGCAUGGAGGUGAACUUCUUCGGCACGGUGAGCGUCACCAAGACCUUCCUGCCGCUGGUGCGCCAGGCCAGAGGACGCAUCGUCACCAUCUCCAGCCCCGCCGGUGAUCAACCCUUCCCGUGCCUGGCGGCGUACGGAGCAUCCAAGGCGGCGUUGAACCUCUUCACCAACACCCUGAGGCACGAGCUGGACCCCUGGGGGGUCCAGGUGAGCACCAUCCUGCCGUCCUCAUACAAGACAGCGCCCUCCUGCAACCACACCUACUGGGAGCAGCAGCACAAGCAGCUCCUGCAGAGUCUGCCUCCAGCGCUCCUGGAAGAUUACGGCGAGGACUACGUGACCGAGACCAAGACCCUGUUCCAGAGCUUCGCUGAGCACGCCAACCCAGACUUCAGCCCCGUGGUCGACUCCAUCGUCCAGGCGCUGCUGUCGCCACAGCCGCAGGCUCGCUACUACGCCGGGCCGGGCCUCAGCCUCACGUACUUCAUCCACAGCUACUUCCCCUUCAGCAUCAGCGACCGCUACCUGAAGAGGAUGUUCUUGAAGAAGACACUGAUGCCACGCGCGCUGAGGAAGCAGUCGGGUCUGGAGGUGGACCUCGGCCUGGACAACAGAAACAACAACGAGGAGAAGCUGCAGCAGCUGUAAACCUCUCCAUGACACCCAUAGAGCCAGCCCUUUCUGUUUGUUCUGUUGGACUCCUCCCUGGUGGUCAGGGGGCGGAGCCUGUUAGAGGUAGCACAGCAUCAGGUGUGCUCCAUGAACUUCCAGUGCCUUUAUCACACAAAGAGCUGAAUCCACCACAGCAGCGUGUCGCGGACCAAAGGGCGCGCUCACAUCCGUCACUCGCUCAUCAUCCUCCUGGACACCACCCGGUUGGUAUGCCAGGACUCGUAAAAGGAGCGCUCCCAGUCAAACAUCUGCUGAAGCCCGUCUCUCCAUCGGUCUGCCUCACCUCUUCACACUCCACUGAGACGAUAAACACACCUGUGACCCGCAGGUGUCUCUGCAUCACAACAUGGACUCAUUUCAAAAUAAAAGCCCCAACAAUCCAAGACAUUCGCUGUAGCACGCCUCAACUGCUCCGCCUAAAUUGUCCAACAUGUGUGUUAAAGCUGCUGUAACAGUAACAGAUCUUUACUCUCACCCCUAAGGCACAUAUUUAAUGAGAAUUAUAUCCAUUUAUUUAAUCAACGAUUGCUCCAGAGCUACGAAUUGACUGUCAACCGGAGGUUUUAUGGAGGGAGGAUGCCUUAAAACAUCCCAGCUCUCAGUCAGUCACAUGAUUCCUCUCCUGUCUGAGCCUCGUGUUGAGAUAUCUGAAUUUGUCCCAGUUUGUAGCAGAUUUAUUGUGAAUGUUCACAGAGCCAGUCCGGUACCAUGUACCGGAAUAUAGAUCCAUGUCUGUCUGUCUGUCUGUCUGUCUGUCUGUCUGUCUGUCUGUCUGUCUGUCUGCACAUGCUCAAUGUAUGCUGAGCCAUCUGUGGAAACGUUCCAUUUUAUUAUGUUUUUUAAUCCAACGUUUUGCCAUAUUUUCUUUUAUCAUCACUUAAACUGUGAAUUUUAUACAAAAAAGGAAAAAUAGUAAAAAAAAAAUAUUGUGUCACUUUGUUUAUUUGCUUCAUGCAUGCUCAGUUUGAGGGAUUGCUGCAAAGUCAACUGCUCAAUGGCAGCAGCUUGUCUCUGCGGCUGCAGGUUCCUCCAGGAGGAGUGAAAGCUGCAGGUAAACGACUGGAUGCUACCUGCUGGCUUCCUGAGAGGAAACCUGACUGGAUCUGACUGAACUGACUGUAAAGUGCCUUGAGAUGACAUGCUGUGAAUUGGCGCUAUAUAAAUAAACUGAUUUAAUUAUAUUCUUUCAUAGAAAUAAAGUUGACUUUUUCAGA